AUGGGUCGGGGCAUCAGGGAAAAAUGGGAUGAGCCAGAAGAAGUUAGAGAUGAGAUUUCACCUUGGUUUAUUGAGAAGAAUGCAAUUCAAGAAGAAACUCCUGAAACUAUCAAAAAAUUAGACAAUACCAGAAAGUACAUAAACGGCAAACUUAAGGUAGAUCCCUUCCUCAUUAUUUUUCUCUUACAGAACCCAAUUCUUGAUGCCUCUUGCUUCAUCUGCAGUAUCACACUGGAGUAUAGAAGAGAAUGCGGAAGUUCCGAUACGGUUCAAUCUCUGUGUCAACCUGAUGAAGAUAGAGAAUUGCAGGAUGGAGUUCAAGAUGAUAUCGGUAAAAAUUGCAAGGAACAUUUACGGGCAUCAGAGAUAGAAGGAGAUGCAUCCCCUAGCCGACCCCCAAUAUGCGUUACACAUCUCCUCCGGCGGACUCCACAACUGGAGAUUGUGGGAGGAAGAACCACAUGGAAAAGAAAACCUUAG